AUGGCGUCGGGACCUGUAGGCGGACCAAGAAUACGUUCGAUAUGGCGCUUCCUUGCUGUUGAUCCAGAAAUAUAUCCACUCCUGGGCGUCCUAACGGUAACCUUUGGUGCGGCAGGAUAUAUGCUAGGGAAGAAAGGCGCUGCCAUCAGAAAUGAAGACCCGGAACGAAUCAUUCCUGAGAGACCACUUCCAUUCCGCGUUGAUGCGAAGAGCAAACUACCGGGUCUUGCUUCCGGUAGCAAUUACAGAUAUAAUUAUCAUCCUUCUAAGGAGGAUAAUGCUGUGGCAGUACCUGUACCAGAUGCAGUGACUGAACAUAAAGUGAAAGUCAAAGUUCCAGAAGAAGUAGCAGAGAAAGUUUCUGCGGCAGCGAAAAAGUGA